CUCGGAGAUAAAACCAUAGCAACUAAAAGCACUGCCCCCUAGCGACCAUCUUCCUUUUAGACCUGGCCGACACUUAACACCAGAAAGUUUACCAUCGCCACUCAGCCGUAUAGUCAACAACACUGACGAUAAACUCUUUGAGUGCCAGCCAUGGGCUUCAGUCUGGAGAUGAGCGUCCUACAGUAGCUGUCUCCAGUGGACAGCUGCUCUGACGGGUCCUGCAUGGCGGUCCCGGUCCAGUUCCUGUGCCGGGGACUUCGCACAGUUGGACUAGUUCUCCUCUACUAUGUCUUCUCCAUAGGCAUCACGUUCUACAACAAAUGGCUGAUGAAGGGCUUCCAUUAUCCCCUCUUCAUGACAUUAGUUCACCUCACCAUCAACUUCUGCCUGUCCGCUGUGACGCGGCGGUCCAUGCAGUGGUGGACAGGAAAACCCCGCAUCGUUCUGAGCUGGAACGAUUACAUCAAGAAAGUGGCUCCCACAGCCAUUGCAACAGCGCUGGACAUUGGACUUUCCAACUGGAGCUUCCUCUUCAUCACCAUUAGCUUGUACACCAUGACCAAAUCCUCGGCGGUGCUCUUCAUCCUCUUCUUCUCCUUGAUCUUUAAACUAGAGGAGCCAAACCCAUUCCUGAUCCUGGUGGUCCUGUUGAUCUCCAGCGGCCUGUUCAUGUUUACGUUCCAGUCGACCCAGUUCAACUUGGAGGGCUUCAUCAUGGUGCUGCUGGCGUCCUUCAUAGGGGGGAUCCGCUGGACCCUCACUCAGGUCCUCCUGCAGAAAGCAGAGCUGGGCCUUCAGAAUCCAGUGGACACCAUGUACCACCUACAGCCCCUCAUGUUCCUCGGCCUCUUCCCCCUCUUCCUGUUCAACGAAGGGCUCAGCCUCAGUACCUCAGACAAAUUAUUCCGGGUGACGGAGCUCACUCCUCUCCUCUCCAUGGUCUUCAUGCUGAGUAUCGGCGGCGUGCUGGCCUUUGGUUUGGGCUUCUCAGAGUUCCUGCUGGUCUCCCGAACCUCCAGCCUCACUUUGUCCAUAGCAGGGAUCUUUAAGGAGGUUUGCACUCUGGUUUUAGCUGCGUCUACAGGAGAUAAGAUGAGCCUGCUGAACUGGCUCGGCUUCGCUAUGUGUGUGUGCGGCAUCUCGCUGCACGUAGGACUCAAGACAUAUUACUCCAAAAAUAAAGGUCCUUCUUUAAGGCAGCUUCCCGCUAAGAGCCCAGAGCUGGAGCUGCCUUUACUGUGGCAGAACGGAGAUAAAGGCGAGGACUCGGCGGCCGACGAAGACGAGGAGGAGGAGGUCACUCUGCACUGACCAGGUCCCUCGCGGCGCUCGCUCCGCCACAACCCUCCCCCUGCAGAGGGUCCCACGACGAAGAAGCGUAAAUGUGUGAAUGUGUCGGGUUCCAGAGACGCUGCACUUCCACAGGCGUGGGGGGCCUCCUUAUCGGCCCGUACGAGAGCUGUGGACUUUGAACGUGACACAAAUUAUGAUGUUUCAGCCUCAGGGGAGGUUCAAGAUGUAGCGAAUACAUGGUACAUGAUAUAUGGAGACGGGGAGAAAGAGACGGCUUUUAAAGGGACACUUUGACACCUCGGAUUGCGGCGCGUCAUAUUUUUCUCUGGAAGGAACCGUGGGAUCUCGCGGAAGAUUUAUGACGUGUGGGAAAAAAUCCUCUCCUGGUAUCCAGGCGGAGAAUAUUUCCUCUCUAAAUAAUGUUUGGAAGAGGAAAUCCUUAAUUUAUUCUGCGUUCACUGAUGCCUCAGAUUCCUUCAGGUUGUGGACUGAGUCACCAAAGCUACAAGGAGACGUCUGUAGAGCUACAACAAAAGCUUCUUAUCACAGUUAAAUCUGCAAAUGACUUUUCUGGAUUCAUUAAUUAACAGUUUUCUUUUAAAAUGUGAGUUUCCUAAAGCUUUAAAAUGUCUUUUUAAAGUAAAUUUCCUGAUGGCCUGUGUUCGUUAUUUCCGCUAUAGAAGACGUUUUUAAUGUUCUUCACGGCUUUUAAGAGUCAAGUUUAAUGGAAAAAAAAACAUUUCAGUGGGUUUUAUCCUCCUACGUCCGAACACAUUUUCAAUAAUAACAAUUUUCAACAAUAAUCUUUAGCCGUGCCAGCGGGAAAAGAAUCAAACAUUCCUUUUGUGCGUUUAAUGGGUUUCCCGGGUUGGACACUAUCGACUGAAUAAGUGUUUAAUGUUUUGCAGCCUUUUGAGUCUUGGUUUGAAGAAAUGUGAGUGGACAUUAAUGUGCCUUAAACAGCAGCGGCAGCAAACAAGGAAUCAAAGGAGUCGUUUAAAAACUGAUCAGCGCAGCCGAAUUACUUGAGUUUAAAGCCAUUUGUUAAAGGUUUUCUGUAAAAUUAACUAUUGUUGCAAAUAAAAGGGAUGAAGAAAGAAA